UGUGUGAAGGUGUACAUCUACAAUGACUAGCAACACCUGAAUUGAGCACUACUCCCUCUUGCAGGUGAAGGCGUGUGAGUGAGCGAGUGUGUGUGUCAGGUACGUGGAAAAGACACACGCACACACACGCACGCACGCACAGGCACACGUACACACACGCCCUAAGGCACUACAACAAACAGCGCAUCAGUAAACUUAGGAGAGAUUUCGAUAAACACUUCACAAUAUUCAGUAAACAGUUAAUCAAUAAAACAAGACACUUCAGUAAAAAUCUAUGUAAACACUCGAUAAACACUUCAAAAAUAAGUGUAAACAAUAAACAAACACCACUGAAGACAGACAAACAGUAAAAAACACCAAUAAACAUUACAAUUACCUCACUAAACACCAGGAAACUUAAUACAAAAAACAGGUAAACAUAUCAAACACCACCAAAACACCAGUAAACAUCACCAAACACCAUCAUAAACCACCAAACACCAGUAAACAUCAUCAAACACCACCAAAGACCCAGUAAACAUAUCCAACAUCACCAAAACACCACCAAACACCACCAAACACCACCAAAACACCACCAAACAUGAAGUGGCGUGGAUGGAUUACUGUGCUUCUAUACUUGCUACUAUCUCAACACCAGGAGAGCGUCAGGGCAGCCUCAGUCAAGCUAAACAAACCACUGCCAAGGCCCAAGGGUGAGUUGAGAGCGUUAUCCCAAAGUGAGGUGGUGCCCGUGUCCCACCCAGGGAUAAUAAGCAUGAAACUCGUGUCCCGGCCGAAGUAUGUCCCAGAAAGCCCUGUGAUGGUGGAAACUGAAAGGGAUCCAGCAUCAGAAGGGAGGGAAAAGGAAUUCAACCCUUUAAAGGACGUGGAAAGAGUAUUUGAAGAGAGAGAAGUGCAGUAUAUCACUUCUGAAGAGCUUAAAACAAUACUUACAGGCAAAGAAGAGCAUUUUACCCCUUCAGAAGACCUAAAAACAACCCCCAAAUGGGAAGAUGAACAUGUACCUACAGACCUUAAUUCAGGGACGCAGGAACGCCUCACUCCCUCACUUUCCAAGAACCCUGUCAAAUACUCGACCUUCUUGAAGACUCACAGGAAAGGUAACAAAAACCAGAAGGGAAAUAUGAACUAGUCGCCCCUUCAGGAGACAAGGAAACAGUGCCUGAGGGGAAGGAAGGGGCGGAGAGAACUUUUACACAUUCAGGCGUCAAGGGAGACACGCACCCUGUCAAGUAUUUCACCUUCAGGAGCAAAGAUCAAGGCCAAGACACACCUGUGGGGAAAUUUAACCUCACUCAAUCAAGUAAACAGGUAAACAAACACAUGACACGUGACCUGGAUACAUCUACGACCACACCAACAACCACAACGACUAGAACAAAACGACCCACUAACGAGAAACCAGGUAGAACCACCACCACCACCACCACCACCACAAACCCAUCUGAGACUCACGACCGGAAACCAGGUGAGGUGAAAGACGUAACAGGUGACCAGCAACUUUCCCACGGCUCAGGUGACUCUUCCCUGCUGACUCACCUGCUGACUCACCUACUGCACCCUUCACCUCACCACCACCAUCACCACCUGCACCACCUGUCACAACCAUCUGCCGGGGAACGCAGCGUGUGGAACAAGAAGAAAAAUGUAAGAUAUUUCAAACUGAGUGACACUGGUGCUGGUUCAAGGCAAAGAAGAGACGCCAUCAGGAGGAAGAGGGAGGAGGUGGAAUGGCCGGUAGAAGUGCAGGGAGGCGCUAAGGAGAUGGACAUGGAGAGCGGAAGACAGCUGGUGCAGAAUACCGUAGCUCUAAUCACUGCCAAUCCUGCUCUGGUCCUUGUUUUUGCUUUCUCGAUCUGGAUGGUGUGGGCUGUGGCAGUAGGCUUCGAUCCGAUCACGUACCUCAACAGCUUCGGCACGGGAGCUCCUGGCGGGGGCGGAUCAGGGGGCGGUGGCGGCGGUAUUGUGUCCUCGUCCUCUGCCUCUGCUGUGGUAAUUGGGGCCUUGAAUAAUCCCCCACCUAUUGCAGUUCCACAGCCGGCGUUGUUGGGCGAGGAGGGCAGCAUUCCAGUGCCCGCUGGCGAAGAGCUCUCACCAGACCUCCUCGGCGCAGAGCCCUCACCUGACGCAGAGGCUCCUCCCGCGGAAGACGGAGGCACCCCAGACGCAGACAGUGGUGGCUCGGCUCCUGACGGCGAUGAACCGCCUACUGACUUAGAACCUCCUGCUGGUGAAGAACCAGCUGUAGAGUCUCCAGCUGCUGGUGAAGAUCCUCCUGCUGAUGAAGAGUCACCUGCUGACUCUCCACCUGCUGAUGAAGAACAAUCUGUUGACUCUCCACCUGCUGAUGAAGAACCACCUGCUGGUGAUGAACAACCUGUUGACUCUCCACCUGCUGAUGAAGAACAACCUGUUGACUCUCCACCUGCUGAUGAAGAAACACCUGUUGACUCUCCACCUGCUGAUGAAGAAACACCUGUUGACUCUCCACCUGCUGAUGAAGAACAAUCUGUUGACUCUCCACCUGCUGAUGAAGAAACACCUGUUGACUCUCCACCUGCUGAUGAAGAACAAUCUGUUGACUCUCCACCUGCUGAUGAAGAACCAUCUGUUGACUCUCCAUCUGCUGAUGAAGAAACACCUGUUGACUCUCCACCUGCUGAUGAAGAACCACCUGCUGACUCUCCACCUGCUGAUGACACAACAGUGGACGAGUCUGCCGGGGGUACGGCGGCGCCACGGGGUCAGGCGUGCUGUUUGCUGAGGCGAUCAGCGACGCCACCACCACGGAGGGCGAGGCGGGCUCCCUGACGCCGGCCUUCGCGUCGCUGCGGCCUUCGUCCACCACGGGCACCACGGAGGAGGCGCUGCUGGCGGUGGACGGCGCGAUAUGGGAGAUUCUGGCCAACAUCUCCUCCUCUAUCACCACCACAGAGUCAACAGACGGGGAGAACAGCCCCCCGAAGCUGCCGCCCCUGCCCGUGCCCACAGGAGACCUCACCGGUUCCUCUGCCACCUCCAGCUACUCCGUCCUGCACGCCUGCCUUGUCCUGGGCGGCGACGUCCC